AUGGACCCAAACGAGCUCAUUGUCUUUUGGUUUGAUAUCGCUCUCUUGUGCGUUAUUGCCCUUUUCUUCCUCCUAGCUCUGCCUCGCAUCGUUGCUCGAUUCUCUCGUCCUUCGGAAUGGGCGCGUGGUCAACUACUUUACGGCGGGUCAGCUGCAAGGAAUAGGUCUGCAUCACCCCCAUUGACGACUCCAGUGCGUGUGCGCCGCCAGAAUACCGAUGCGACGUUUAGAGACUAUAGGACGGACGACUCACACACGCUUGCUGUGCACGAUUAUUCGAUGGAGAAGGGUAGGAAAGGUGACCGCAUAUACACCGGCAGGGGGAGUCCACCCCCGCAUGUUCCGGCGUUUUCGACGUUACUCUACCCUGCAUUAUCCUUCUUCUCGUACAGCGUUGCUCCUGGGAAGUCGGUCGGGAAGUUGACUCUCGCCUUGCUUUUCAUCGCCGCUGUAAUCGCGCUCCAGUUUAUCAAGGAUGGAAAUCCCUUGACAGAAUCUGUUCGCCUUGGAUGGUUUGCGACUGCACUAAUUCCGAUCACUAUCGUAUUUGCGACAAAGAAUAACGUAAUUGGUAUGCUCCUUGGCAUGGGCUAUGAAAAGUUGAAUUUUGCACACAGAUGGAUUGGCAUCGUCUCUUUCAUCACUGCAAAUCUUCAUGCUAUCGGCUUUAUUUACAAGUGGGCAAUCGAGGGUAUACUUGCAGAGGAGUUUGAGAAGGACUUUGUGAUUCACGGCACGAUUGCCUUGGCUGGCAUCGAGAUUCUCUUCUUCGCAUCGUUAGGCUGGGUUCGCAAUAAGGCUUAUACGUUCUUUCUAUUCUCCCACGUUGUUGGUUACUCGUUAUUCCUUAUCGCACUUUGCUUCCACAGAGAGGUUUGUAUUAAAUGGGUCGUGCUCGGCGCGUGUAUCUAUGCACUUGAUCACCUGCUGCGGCUUCUUAAAACACGAUUUUGUGUUGCACGAAUCAAAACUGUCCCAGAACUGGGGCUCGUGCGUCUCGAAAUACCCGCAAUUACGCGUGGUUGGAGAGCAGGCCAGCAUGUGCGAGUACGCAUCCUUUCCACCGAGAUAGGGUUGCUUGCUUGCACUGUUGCACAUCCAUUCACGGUAGCAAACGCUCCUGGGGGUGAGUCGGCGGAGAAACGCGGUUUGACAUUACUUGUGAAGAAGGCCGGGAAUUGGACCUCACGAUUGUACGAUAUUGCGGGACGAGCGGGAUACUACCCAACGGAGGAUGGAUAUGGAACGAUUCGUAAUAUAAGAGUAAUUGUCGAGGGGCCAUACGGAGGGUUGGGACAUAUGAUGAUAGCGAGCUUCUCGUCUGUUAUGCUCGUCGGUGGCGGAAGUGGUGUUACAUUUGUUUUGAGUCAAGCUGAAGAACUUGUACAAGCCGUUCAGGCGGGUAAAUCUAGUCUCAGGUUUAUUGAGAUCGUGUGGAUCACACAAGACCAAGCCUCUAUAGGACCCCUCCUCCCAACCUUCUCUGCUUUGAUCGACGGAGUAACAAACCUCCAAGGGAUCCUACUCAAGAUUUCAAUCUUCUACUCUCGUGCUCCCUCUUCUUCUUCCAGGUUACCAUCGUCAACGGCGGCAUACCUCUCAUCGCUCGCGCCUACUCUUUCCGUUCACUCCGGACGACCAGCGCUUGAUCGAAUACUCGAUGGACUCGUGCGACUGACUGCUGCGCUUGGACGAGAUCGAGCCAAAGGUGUAACACUUGGCGUGUGUGGGCCGCAAGGGUUGGUGGAAGACGUAAAGGCAGUUUCAAGAAGCGUAGACGGGGAAGCGUGGAGGAAAUGUGGGGGAGUUGAGGUGCACGAGGAGUGA